AUGGCGGCGUCGCGUGACGAUAAUCGAGAUAUCAGGGUCGAAGACGACGAUGGCGAUGAAACUCGAUGGGCGAGCGUGGCAGAUGCUAAAAGUCCGGUUGCCAAAAAAGCGUGUGCUUCUCGUCGCGAAAGUCUCGACUUCAGUGUCGACAAUCGGCAGGUCGGCUUUAAUUGUUGUCGGGAUGAAAAGAUUGAUGUGAUGUCGUUUGUGCGAGAGAAUAUUGUACCUUAG